AUGCUGGUUCUCUUUGCGCUCCCAGUUGAGAGCUUGAGGGGAAAGCAAUCGGCGUCGAACCCCCAUCAUUGUGAAAAACGGGGCAACAAGGAGCGACAGCUUUGGAGAUUCACCAUGGCCCUAAAGACGCCACUGUGCGAUCUUCUCGCCUGUGAGUACCCUAUCAUGAACGCUCCGAUGAGGGACCUUGGAGGUCCCCGGCUCGCCGCGGCUGUCAGCAACGCCGGCGGCUUUGGGGUUAUUCAGAAGCAGUACGACACCCCUGAGCUCUUUCGGGAGCACGUCAAGCAGACAAAGGCCCUCACGGAGCGGCCAUUUGGGGCAAGCUUCUUGCUGAGCUUUCCGUAUGAGGAGCUCCUGCAGGUCUGCUUUGACGAGGGGGUCCCCUACGUGUCCUUCUAUUGGGGCGACAUCCCCCCUGUCAUCAUCGAGCGGUGCCAUCAACACGGAGUUAAAGUCGGUCAACAGGUUGGGACCGUUGCUGAUGCAGUCGAGUGCAAGGAGGCUGGGGUCGACAUCAUCAUUGCCCAGGGAGAAGAAGCGGGAGGACACGUCAUUGGCAACGUCAGCACCAUGGUCCUGGUCCCAGCGGUGGUAGAAGCUGUGAAGCCCGUGCCUGUCUUAGCUGCUGGAGGUAUUGCUGACGCCCGGGGCGUGGUCGCCGCUCUUGCCCUCGGCGCCCAAGGAGUGGUGCUAGGCACCCGGUUCCUUGCGACUCCCGAGUCUGACGCACACGACCUCUACAAGGAGAAGCUGCUUUCAGCGUCCGAGCUCGACACUCACAAGUCGCUCCUAUGGGGCGCUGCCUGGCCGGAUGCCCCUCAUCGCGUCCUCCGGACUGGGUUUGUUGAAGCCCACAGUGGGACAGAGGAGGAGGGGCAAAAGCCAGCCCCUCCGGACGCACCAACCAUCGGCACGAGGAUAGUGGGGGGAGUGAAGAAAGAAAUAAAACCGUUCCAGGGUUACACUGUAGACCAGACUGUGGAGGGCGAGAUGGACAAGUUGUGUUACUUCGCUGGGCAAAGUGUGGGCAUGAUCAAUGAACUCAAACCGGCCGGAGACAUCGUCCGUGAACUAGUUGAUGGAGCGCGGCGGCUGAUACACGGAGAACUUCUUGCUUUCGUUCCUUGAUUCUUAUUUCCCUGGAGAAUUCUGGAAAUAACACGAUAACAAGAUGUUUGUAUUUCACAAGAAAUAUAGCCCUUGAAGACUUGUCUUGCGUUUGCACGUACUCUUUGCUUCUCUUUCGUUGAGGGAGUCGUUCACGAGCACACAAGCGAUAGUCAGACUUCAGGCGGGGACGAUCCGGAGAUUGAACUGGGUUGAAGGCAGAGUAGGCCCAAUGAGGAACGUCGCCUGCACCGGCCACAGUUGGACAGUCGAUCUGAUGCUGAUCAAAUGCCUGCGAUUGUUAACGGGAAUAUCAUGAGGCGCC